AUGGGGGCUGAGAACAUCACUUCUGUCACAGAUUUCAUCUUGAUGGGUCUCUCCAAUAACCGAGAAACUCAGAUUCUUCUCUUUGUGGUAUUCCUCUUUAUGUACUCAGCUACCAUUGUGGGGAACCUGUUAAUUAUAAUCCUCGUGCGGGUUGAUUCAUGCCUUCACACACCCAUGUACUUCUUCCUCACACAUCUUUCUGGUGUAGAGAUCUGUUUUGUCACUACUACUGUACCUCAGAUGCUGACUCACCUGAUGAGUGGAAAUGGAGCCAUCUCCUUCACCCGUUGUGCGGCCCAGAUGUAUGCUACUACAUGCCUGGGCUGCACGGAAUGCCUGCUUCUGAGCGCCAUGGCCUAUGACCGCUGCUUGGCCAUCUGUAGCCCGCUGGUAUACGCUGCUAUCAUGAGCAAGAAGCACCAAUGGCAGCUCACCUCAGCUUCCUGGGCCAUUGGUUUCUUCCUUGCUUCGAUCAACGUGACCUGCACCAUUUCUCUCCCCUUCUGUGGGACCAACCACAUCAACCACUUCUUCUGUGAGCAGCCAGUUGUGUUUAAAAAGACAUGUGUUGAGGCCCGCUACACAGAGCCCGUUAUUUUUGUAGGUUGCACACUGAUCCUCGUGGGCUCCUUUUCUAUUAUCCUUGUCUCCUAUGGGCUCAUUCUCUACUCCGUCUUUCAAAUGCAGUCAAAACGUGGACGGCACAAGGCCUUUUCCACUUGUGCUUCCCACCUGGUUGUGGUCGUCAUGUUCUAUGGUGUCCUCUUCUUUCUGUAUAUGAGAACUGGGGUGGAGACAGCUCUUGAUAGUGAUAAACACAUUGCUGUCUUUUACCUUGUGGUCACCCCCAUGCUCAACCCUUUCAUUUACAGCUUGAGAAAUAAAGAUGUCCAUAGGGCAGUGACCAAGGUUUUGAGAAGAUUGGACUUUGAAGAAAAAACUUGA